CGGGAGGUUGCAAAAUGGCGAUGCAAAGUCAGUUGCCACUGGACUGGCAGUUUGAUAAAUUCGACGAUGGUUCUUUAAAGUUGGUUGGUGAGAUACAACUGAAGAAAUAUGGCAACUUCCUUGAAGAGUAUGCAAACCAACUCAAGGAGAUUGAAGAUGCUUUGGAUGACAGUAUCAGUGAUGCCUGGGAUAUGACUCUGGACCCUAUAUCACUUCAGUUUUUGCCUUAUGAACAGACAAGUCUGCUGAAGUUGGUCAACACAAACAAUAAGAUCUUCAAUAAAGUCAUCACUGUCAUCUCAUCGUUAUGUUGUGAGAUGAACACACUCAAAUACGAGGCUGAGAAUAAGUUCUACAAUGCCCUGCUUUUCUAUGGAGAAGGCCAAGGAGAGCCAGAAAAUGGUUUGGAUGAGGGAGAGGCACAGAUCCAAAUGGGACGACUGCUCCCAUUGUUACAGGAGUUGUCUUGCUUUGUGACUCGGUGCUAUGAUCUGGUCAAGAAUGUGAUGCAUCAGCUAGCAUCUCUUUACAUUAACCCCAAGAGCAGUGAAAGAAUCAUUGAUGUCACAGAUGUUCAUUUCCAGAUAAUCUUUGAACAUCUUGGUGAGCUACUGACAGUCCUCAUCACACUGGAUGAGAUCAUUGAAAACCAUGCCACCCUGAAAGAACACUGGGUCCAGUACAAGAGAAUGCUCAACUCUGUCCACCACAACCCAACAAGAUUUGGCCUCUCCUCUGACAAGCUGAAGCCAUUUCAGAAACUCAUGAUCACACUUGAGGGACAAAUACUGGACGGUAUGAUAUUUCAGAACUGUGUGGAACAGCUUUUUGAUGAUGGUAGCGUGAAUGUCUCCAAGAAUGGUUUCUUUGCUGAAGAGUUUGCUCUCAAUAUCCGAAACUACCUGGCUUCUGUGGAGAGCCGUAUUGGUGAGGCCAAUGAAGUCGACCAGCGGCUCCAGUUUGUUGGUAUCUGUGCCCUCUACAUUCUCCACUUCCAAAUCUUUAGAGUCAUUGACAAGAAAGUCUUCAAACAAUUGUGGGACAUUUACAAAAGGGUUCCGACCAUCACAUUGAUUGGUAAUGUCGUUUGGUUUGCCAAUGACUUCCUCCUGCAGAAGUUACCGCACAUGGCUAAAGCGCUGGACAAGAAAGCACAGAUGACUGUGGUGUCUCAGCGUCAGACAUGGCUGCAGCAGAGAGCUCAGAAUAUUGCCAAAGAGGUGCAGCAGAUCUACAUCCAAGUGUGUGCCUGGAUGGUCAAGAUGGAGUCCAACCUGUCCCGGGGCACUUCAUUAGUUGAAGACCUCAAUGCAAGAUGUGCACUAUUUCUACAAGGCUUAUUGUAUGCCUACAGCAUCAGUCAUACAGUGAAGACAACAAUAAACCUACAUGUCCCCCUCCAGAAAGCAAUGACCAAAACGACCGUCCUCGGCUUGUGUAAACUCAUUGAGAUGCUCAAGGCUAUUGAGUUCACUUUUCAUCGUCGCACAAUGCUGAUAGCCGAGUCAAUGAACCACAUCACUCAGCACUUGACCUUCCAAGCACUUUCCUGUAUAGCUACUGCUAAGAAACGAAUCAUCAGUGACAAGAGAUACAGUGACAAACGUCUCGAUGUGCUCUCAGCCUUAGUGCUAGCCGAGAAUACUAUCAAUGGACCCGGAACCAAGGAGAGGAGGCUCAUCAGUAGCUUGGCGCUAGCAUUCGGGACAAAGAUGCGGUGCUUUAAAGAUGAUGAGUUGAGCACUCUUUACUCCACCCUGAAGAAGCUCGAUAUGCUGAGUGACCUCAGAUACAAACUCCGGCAGGCAUGUGACUGCAGCUUUCUCUACUGGCAUCGGGUCAUCUUCCCCAUCUAUCUCAAUGACCUGUUUGAAAAUGCUGUCGAUGCUCAUAGGAUACAUUACAUGGUUGGUGCUCUCAAAGACUGUGUCCCCCCGAUGAAAGUCACCCAGCAUCUUGCCAGCGCAGAGAAUCUGCUUGAAGUCUUCGAUAAAGAGAUUAAUGGCCAACUGAAAAAGCAUCUGCUGGACCCGCUGUGUCGCGACAUCGAGACUGAUCUACGUCUUUCAAUCCAUGCCCAUCUUCAACUCGACGAUCGCAACCCGUUCAAAACCGGUUUGAAAGACUUAUCGUGUUUUCUGAAGAUACAGCCAAUCAGGUUCUUUGAUAGGUUCAUCAACAUAAAAGCCCAUGUUGAGCAUUACUUGGAUACAACGUUCUACAAUCUGACCACCGUCGCCCUUCAUGAUUGGAAAACUUACGGAGAAAUGAAGAACCUUGCACAACAGAAGUACCAGCUGAACUUGACGGAGUCACACCUUCCUAGUCAGACACUUGAACAGGGUCUUGAUGUCCUGGAGAUUAUGAGGAAUAUCCACGUCUUUGUUUCCAAAUUCCAGUACAACUUGAACAACCAGAUCUUUGUUGAGAGGUCAAGUAACAACAAACAUUUGAAUACAAUCAACAUUCGCCAUAUCGCCAACAGCAUCAGGACCCAUGGCACGGGCAUUAUGAACACGACAGUGAACUUUGCCUAUCAAUUCCUGACCAAGAAGUUCUUCAUUUUCUCCCAGUUCAUGUACGAUGAGCACAUAAAGGCCAAGCUGAUAAAGGAUUGGAGAUUCUUCAAAGAAAACCACGGCCAGACUGAUCAAAAAUAUCCAUUCGAACGAGCAGACAAGUUUAACAAAGGCAUACGUAAACUAGGCCUGACACCAGACGGACUUAGCUACCUCGAUCAGUUCCGAUUACUCGUCAGCCAGAUUGGUAAUGCCAUGGGUUACAUCCGGAUGGUCCGGUCUGGCGGUCUCCACUGCUGCAGUAACGCCAUUCGGUUCAUACCGGAUCUGGAAGACAUCAUUCCGUUCGAGGAGUUAUGUAAGGAAGAGAACUUGUCAUUGGAGUGUCAGCGAGCGGGGAAACAGUUGGACGACGUCAUCAGUAACCUGACCAAGAACUUUGCAGAGGGCACAGAAUACUUCAAGAUGUUGGUUGACGUUUUCUCUCCUGAAUUCAGAAAUCCCAAAAACAUGCAUCUAAAGAACUUCUUCGUCAUCCUUCCUCCAUUGACGUUGAACUUUGUCGAGCAUUCCAUAAGUUGUAAAGAGAAACUGAACAAGAAGAACAAGAUCGGUGCGGCCUUUACGGACGACGGCUUCGUGAUGGGUGUGGCAUUCAUCCUGAAGCUUCUCGACCAGUACCACGAUUUCGAUUCCCUGCAUUGGUUCCAGUCAGUCAGAGAAAAGUAUGCCAAGGAUAAGGCUGGUAUUCAGUCUCCCAAGUCGAACAAAGGAGAUGACAAACUGCAGCAGACGAUGUCUUUGACCUUGAAGAGAUUGGACACCUAUCAGCAGGAGUUUGAGUUGCUGCACUAUAGUUUAAGCAGUGCCAGGAUCUUCUUCCGGGCCGACAAGACGGCAUCGGAGGAGAAGGAAGAGAAGGCAGAGAAAGACAAGAAUAAGGAGGCUGAAAGUGCAGAGGCUGCGCCGAGCGAGGCCAGUGCUGGUGCUGCCACUCCUCAAGCUGGUUCGAAAUAAAAUUUGAGCUCUAACCACUACAACUCCAGUGACUCCACCACCACCCCCAGCAGGAGGAGCCCCUCCACCUCCUCCUCCACCACCACCACCACCUCCACCACCACCACCACCACCAAUGCCAGCGCUGUAAGUGGAGACACCAACGAGGACAUGAAACUUCUGCUGCCUGGACACAUGACUCUUAUAUAACAAAAGGACACUAUCAGCCAAUAGCCCAUGUUGCCCCUGUUCAGGGCCCUGCACUGGUGCUAAGCACAGUCUAACAGUUAAAAAGCUUUGCAUCUGAAUGAACUGCUUCAUGAUAAAGUUAUUGAGGUCAUAAGAUACCAGCUCAGUAAUACAUGUACCUGCUUUUUGAUAUGCUCGUAAAUAUCCUGAUUAUAAGACUAAGAAGAUUGGUAUCAAAUGAAAUUUUGCCUUGUUUCUGUUAGUGUAUGAAAAUGGUGCUAUAUAAGGUAUGACCAGUUUGAGGGCAGGUCAUGGUUGCUUUACAUGAUCAUUAAACAAAGCUAAGAAUUUAAUGUUGGAGAGAUAGAUUCUUCUGGCCUAUCUAGUUAACAGUGGCUGUUAAGAGGUGGUAGUUGGCAGUGCAUUAUUGAGCUCGGGGGCCCAGUUCUACAAAUGGUGGUAAGCCAACACUCAAUCAUGGGGUGGUGCUAUGUCCCAUCUGAUGUCUCAUUGCACUCCUGAAUAGAGAGAAGCAAGAAGGGUUAAGCGCUUUGCUCGAAGACACAAAGAGCCAACAGCAGUGAUCCUUCUGGGAGCCCAGGCCACGACCUCCUGAUGAUGAGCCUGCCGCACUAACCACUAUGCUACUGAUUUGCCCAUGUACCUAUGUAUGGUAUCAACUGUUUGAGAAAAGAUGUGACUAUUAGUCUGUUAUUAUUGUAACGAGAGAAAUAUAAUAAAUUGUACAUGUAUCUA